AUGGUUGUCUCAAAGGCUAACAAAAGCUUAAGCUCUCUCUUCUUUUCCCGGGCUAAAAAGCCCGGCGAAUCUUCAAUUGCUGCUUCCGGUGCCGCCAGGGAAAGAGACAUCGCCGGAACUUCUCAAGCUGUCCAAGAGCUCCUCAGGUCCAAUGACUCUUCUCCGUCCGGUACCGGAAAAGAUCUCGAGAAAGCAUCAUUACCGGAUCAAGUAUCGAACUUGCUACAUGUAGCCACUACCGAGAAAAGCUCUUCGGAGAAGAACGUAUUGAAGAUACCGAGUUUUACCACUAAGAUCCCUAUUUGUAUUUCGGAAAGAUCGAAAGAGAUGUCUCGUGAAAGGAAAGAGAGACGCGUUUACAAGAAGGACGCUCUGUCGCGGCAUUUCAAAAAGAGAUUCAGAGACUAUGCUCAGACACUAGGCACCGAGACCACGUUCGGUUCUUUCGACAGGGUGUCGAGAGAGAUGAGUGUUACGGAGUACAACGCAAUGGUCGGAGUUUACUUGGAGCGCGCGGAGAGAAGCAAUGAUCUAGAGUAUGCUCUUGGCAACAUCGAGAAGGCUUUUGAGGUUUUGAAAUCCAUGAGAGACCGCGGAUUCGCUAUUGAAGAAAGCGUUUACGGUCCUCUUCUUGAUUACUUCAUUGAUAUGGAUAUGGUGGAUGAGUUUCAUAGUGUCAAAGAUGUCGUUACCGAGGCGAGUCCUUGUAUGGUCGAGAGACUUGGUUACUAUGAGAUGCUUCUUUGGAUUCAACUUGGAGACGGAGAGAAGAUUGAUGAACUUUGUGGUACAUUUGAUGUUGAUGGAGACGGUUUAACAUUAUUACAAGAAAACUAUUUGCUUGCACUAUGUAAGAAAGACCAAAAGGAUCAUCUUCAGAGGUUCUUUGAGGUUGUAGACGUUACAAAAGUUCGUUCAUCGGACCUGUUGGAAAACAUUUUUGGGUACCUUGGGAAGUUUUCAUUGGAUUCUGUUGCGAGGAAGCUCCUCUUGGAACUAAGAGAAAGUGAUGAAGGAGUGAAGAAUGUUUCAGAUCUCAUCUCUAUCUAUUCUACUUGCACCCCAAAUCCGACGGUGGUCACUGCUCUUGAUGUAGUUGAAAAAAUGGGUGAAGCAGGUCUGACAAUAUCCGCAGAUAUUCUAGAUUCAUUGUUACAUGCCAUUGAUGAAGUUCUUGAGUUUAAUUUGGUGCGAAGAAUCCAUUCAAUUAUGUGCACAAAGAGUGUGAAACCAAGUAGUGAGAACUUCCGGAGCAUGAUACGUAUGUGCACAAGAAUCAAAGAUUUUGAAGGUGCAUAUAAUAUGCUUGGAAAUUUAAAGAACUUCAAUUUGGAACCAAACGCUAGCAUGUUCAAUUGUAUAUUGGCUGGAUAUUUUCGGGAGAAAAAUGUGUGCAGUGCGUUAAUGGUCGUCAAGCAAAUGAAAGAAGCUGGCGUUAAACCUGAUUCUAUAACUUUUGGCUAUCUUAUAAACAACUGUAAACGGGAAGACACUAUUGCUAAGUACUUCGAGGAGAUGAAGCAAGCAAAAGUUGUUGCUACUAAGCGCGUUUACAUGUCCCUAAUAGAUGCAUAUGCAGCAUCUGGAAAGUUUGAGAAGGCAAAACAGGUGCUCUUGGACCCAGAUGUUCCGGCUGGAAACCAAAAUGAGCUGAAAAGUGUACUUAUUUCGGCUCUUGCAUCACAUGGAAAAAGGGCAGAUGCCUUGAGUAUAUAUGAAGAAAUGAAGAAAACCCAAUGUCAAGUAGACCCAAAAUCGAUUAUAUCUCUCAUAGAAUAUUCUGAUUCGAAGGAAGAGUUAAAUACGCUGGUUCAACUGGCUGAUGACCUGCGAGAUGAUAAUAGUUGGAUAGAUGGUUUCUUCAGAAUGAUCUUGUUUGCUGUCCGUAAUAGAAAGUCGAGCAAUAUUCUUGAUUUGCUGAGGCGGAACAAGGUCCGAUUGUACAAGAAAGACAUUCCUGUGGAAUAUCAUUUCGACGAGGUGUUUUGGGCAAUCGCAGAGACGGAGCCAGCCGAAGUGAAGCUAGGGAUGGAUUUGCUAAGUUUUAUGAAAGAAGAGUUUGGGUUUGUUCCUUCAAGAAAAUGUCUGGAUUUUCUCUUACAUGCUUGUGCUAAUGCCAAGGAUAUAGAGAACGGUUUAUUAGUGUGGAAAGAGUACCAAUCUGCAGGACUUCCUUGCAACGUCCUAAGCUUUCUGAGGCAAGCCACACUUUCUCUCCUUUUGCAAAUAUGCACGAUGUAUCAGGUUCUACUGUCUGCAGGGGAUUUGGAAGGUGCCAAGGCAUUGGUAUCAAAAAUUCCAAAAGAUGAUAAAGAUGUACAACAUAUCAUCCAAGAAAGCCAGAUUGUAUAUUCUCAAACACCAGAAAAGAAGAGAUCGAAAAGGAAAAUGGUCGUUUUCCCAACAAAGUAG